AGGAGCUCUACGAGGUUCCCGGCGGUGACCAGGUUGCUGCUGUCCCUCCUCGGGGAGCUCAGCGGCGACCUGGCCCGUCGGGGGCCUCCUCGAGCCGCAUUGUGCGGACAGGUUUCUCUGUGCACACACGUAUCGUACUCCACUGUACAUCUUGUGUACGGGCCGUCCCAUAUCUUCGGGUGCUUCGUCGGCUGCGACGACCUCCUCUCCGUGGGCCUACAGACGAUAGGUGCCAGGUUCUCUGUUGGUGCCAAGUGGGGCAGCUCCUAUCGGGGCAGGUGCAUAGGCCGCUUUCUCUGAUUGUACUCGUUGCACUUGUUAUCUUGUACUUCCAGGCCGCUUGCUUUGUACUUGCUGCAUUGUCUGCUUGUACUUCCAGGCCGCUUGCGUCUGUAGUUGCGGCAUUUGUUUUCUUGUACGUGUUGCUCUCAGCACGUAUCCAGUUUUGACUCUAGUUGCAGUUCGAGUUUCUUCAGUACUUUGACAUUUUUGUGACAUCGGAGUAUCUUGAUAUUGAGGUCUUUGGGCAUCCGAUUUCAUAUUUCGCCUCGAGUGAAGUUCAGAAUUCAUUGUACUUGAUAUUGAGGUUUUUGAUAUUGAGGUCAUACGUCGCCUCGAGUGAAGUUCAGAACUCAUUGCACUUGAUUUCCACAUACUUCGAGUUAGAACUAUUGUGAUUUGUCAUUGCGUUGCCUUUAUUCAUGUCUGUGCGUGUUGUCGUGCAUGCACGUGUGUUGAAUAAGAGUUUCGCCUGAUCUUCACUUUGUUCGGAUAAGAGCCCGCAUUCGCUCUAAGUAGUGGUGGGUGUCUUGGCUCACUCUGUAUGUUGCGCGUUUAAUUCGUUAUCUAGUCCACAUUUCGACGUUGUGUUUCACGUGCAUGGUCUUCCAGUGGUGCGGAGACGGUAAUCGCUAUAUGUGGUUACUGCAUGGUCUCGCAUUGCUUUGAAGCGCACUCGCUAUUUUAGUUCUCUUAGUUUCGUGUUUGUCUCAGUGGUGAUGAGACGGUAAUCGCUGUAUGAACCAGUGGUUACCGUAUGGUCUCUCACUGCUUCUAGCUUUGCUUCCAUAUCUAUGGCCUGCAUUGCUUCACUCAUUAUAUUGUUAGUUGUUUUCUCGUGUACUUGCAGUCUUGUGCAUUUCUGUACAGCUUCGCUGUUUGAUGCAUCUCUGCUUUAAUCUUUGCAUCUUCGCUGUUUAGGUUCUCUGUGUCCUGGCCUGCUCUCCAGGGAGCUCGAAUCGGCCAGCGCAGACUCGCAGACUCGCAGGCCAGGUUGACGGUUUACCGCUGGCGCCAGUUCAACCAUUCGUUUGAGCUCUAAUAUUUUUUGCCCGUGAUAUUUGAUCUUAUUCCCGCUCGCCGUCUCGAUCUCAGCUCGAUUGGGUACCUUUUACUGCCAAAAAGCACACAGUUUUUUUCCUCUGGUAUAAACAAACUGACUUCUCCUGUUAUCUGGACCUGAUCUGGUCUCUCCAGAGCCCUACGAGGGUCCCGGCGGCAAACUCAGUUCACUUCAAUGGAUGCUGGCGUGCAAACUCAGUGGGUCUACGCCUUCAUGAGCUCUACGCAAAGUCAGACGCCUGCGUGCAAGGAAGCUCUACGCCUUCGUGAGUCAGGUGGGAAAGAUGUGCAGGCGGUGGUCUCAUUUUCUUCUGACACGUAUGCAGCUCUUUCAUACUCUUCUUCUUCUGAUGUGAAGGCAGUGGUCUCAUCUUCUUCCGAUGUGAAGGCCAAGGGGACUUCCACGUGCUCUCAGGCCACCAUUGCCGAUGUUAAGGCAUGGAUUGACGCUGCUGGCAGUAUCAACGAGUCGAAUGCGAUCCAGUAUUUAAAGGAUGGAGUGGAUUUGUUUGCAGAACUUCUGACAGAAGGUGGGAUCCCUGCAAAUGCCAGGGCAAAUCAUGCUGUGCGGAAGCGCGGGGCGUUCGAGAAUGUGCAAGCGACGUUGGAGGACCUUCUGGAAUUCUUCGAGAGGCACAUAUAUCUUACAGGGCAGAUGAAGCGUGCCGAGGCUGCCAAGUUUCUACAGGAUUCCAAGUGCGACGAAUUCCGAAUCCAAUUCUAUGGACGUCCGAGGAACGAUACAACGUCGUCAUGUGGAAGUACUGCCUGCAAAGGCAAAGGCAAAGGCAAAGGUAAAGGCGCCGACAUAGGAGGUCAGGAGUUUGACGAAGUGUGUAGGUUCGGUAGGACGUUGACGGACUUUGAACGAAGGUGUAAAUCUCAGGUUUGGCCUCUGCGGUAGAUAUUCGUAUUCUUCGAGUGAUUCCUUUCAAUCCGAACUUGUUCUAUUGGAUUGUUGAUUGUGAUUGCGUCGCGUGGUCUUUUUGAUUGUUGGUUGUGAUUGCCUCGUGUGGUCAUUCAGUGCAUCCUUAUUCAGUGCAUAGUCUUCCAGUUUGCUGUUGCCUUUGUUUAUUGCUUGUGAAUUCGUAGUGUUGCCUUUCGGUCCAUAGUCAUGGUGCAUAUGCAUUUGUUUGAUCCAAUUCUCAGGUCCGUAGAUGCAAUGUUACUAUCAAGGGAACCGACGUUGGAUGAAAACACGAGCAGUACAACUGAGCACCCUGUCAGUGAGAGAUUAUACUCGUUUUCUGUAUUCAAUCCGAGCUGUAGGCUAGAUACGGAGCUCAUAUACACAGCGAUCGGCAGGAAACUGCUGGGAAGCGCGAGUGGAAAGCAUCCAGACCUGAGAUCGGUCUGCUUCCAGAAUUGCGACUCACAUACUUUUUUCUCUUCAAAUUCCAGAUAGGCGGUGUCGGGUUUCUCUCUUAAUUCGAGCUGUACGCAAGCUACAGAGCUGGAAUCAGAUUGUUCGAAUGGGAAUGACUUCGAGUAUUGGUCUUCAGCAUCGAGACGAAAUCGAUCUGUGGGCGAGCAAGG